UCUCUCUAUAGCUGUACCCUCCCUCUAAUUGGGUAGUACGUACUCCAGUAGCAGCUAGCUGGCUAGAGAUCAGCGUCGUUCCUUCCGGCCAUGGCGAGCACCACGCGCAAGGAGGAGGGGCCGGACAAGCAGCAGCAGCAGGGGGGCACCAAGCUCUACUCCAGGAUGCUCUCCAAGGACGUGGCCAUCGCCGUGCCGUCCUUCCGGGUGUACUACGGCGUCGCCUCGGCCGGCUCCGUGCCCUUCCUCUGGGAGUCGCAGCCGGGCACACCCAAGAGCUCGCCCUCCGCCGCCGCCCUCCCGCCUCUCACGCCGCCGCCCUCCUACUACGCGGCCGGCGGCAAGGGCGGCUCCAAGAGGGGCGCAGCCUCAGGGUCCGGCAGGCGCUGGCCCGGCGGCGUCAUCGCCCUCUUCCGGAGGCCCCGCCGCAGGACGUCGCCAUGCUCCUCCUCCUCCAUCUCCUGGUCGUCCUCGUCGUCCACCGCGUCGUCCAUGUCUCCGGUGUUCACCGUGCAGUCUUCGCCCGCCGCGCGCUGCGCCCACCGACGAGCGUUCUCGGCCGGCGACGUCUUCGAGGACGCGGCGCCGCCGUCGAGCUGCUUCGGGACGGACCGAGAGUGCGACAGGAGGGUGGUGAAGGGCUGCGGCGUCGCCGUGGCCGUCCGGAACGCGCUGGCCACUGUCGUAGGACGCAAGCCCGGCGGCCGAGCCACCACCGCGGCGGCCUAGAGAGGAGCCCUCUCCUGUCCUGCCUACAGAAAGUAGCAGUGUGUCAUGUUUAAUUUUCUAAAUACCCGGGGUGUGGUUUGCCUUUUGUGCUAGUAAAUGUACUUGACCUGCGCUACGUACGUGUCAUUUCCGAGUCAUGCAUGGCAAGGAAGACAAGUGUAAACAUAACGAGUAAUAUUAUGUGGUGUAUUUGUAUAUGCAGCCGUAUAUACACGCAUGUGUACGGUUA